AUGACUAAGCGGAAAAAGAACGAGGUGGAGGUGAAACGUGUUGUUGAUGAUGAAAUUCUUGGUUCCGAGUAUCUGGUAUGUGUGCAUCCGAUGUGGGAAGCAAUUGAAACAAAAAUUUACUUUCUGUGGCUAAUAAAUAAAUAAAGAUUGGGGAUUUCAGUUGUACUUCUGAUAACACUACACCUGUUCCGACUCUGGAUAAUAAGAGAUGGGAGAAAUUGAUGGAUGAAGAACGGAUCCCGAACAUCGGCACGGCCAGAGAAACUAUUCCUCAGGCGCUGCAAGAAUUGAUGUCGGAGAGAUUGGUAAGCGGGUCCAUGGAGGAAUUUUGGGAACUAUCUAACAGUAUUAAAGGCAAUUGAUAUCUAUUUUGGGAAGCUGCAUUAUUUCUGGGCUUACAUGUUCUUCUAUCACUGGGAUUUCAGCCGAGAGGAGCGUGACUUGAUGUUUAAAAACACCAAGCCGAUUGGGUACCUUGUCCCGCGAUGGAUCCAGAGACCUGAGAGUCUAAUAGGGUUUUUUGACCAAACUUAUGAUAAGUUUACUGGUUGGAUUUGCGAUAGGGUCGUGCUUUACGGUGAAAUGUACCUCUCCUCUGACGCUGGAAAGCUCUGGGAGUCGAGGUUCAAUAGUGCAAGGUAAGAACUCAAAAUAAAGAUAUGGAAGGACACUUCUAACCCGUACUACAGUGAGAUGUGUCUGGACAAACCGGAACCAGAUAUCAUGAGUGGUAUUCUGUUUGGCAUCUUGGAAAUGCAGGAUGUUUUUACUCCUCUACUACGGAUUUGCGAACUUACCAAGAGCAGACUUGGUUACGGUUAUUGGAUCUCGGAGACGAAGGAUGGGGGGUGGUGGGCAGCGCGUCUUAAGCAAAAAUUUAUACAAGCCGUUAUAUACUACGUGAUUGAGGAGACGGAAAAGCAUGGAUCUCAAACUCAGAAACCAAUGAGGGAAAUACUCCGGAAGUGUUCGCCGCUCCCCCCGCCAAGGGAACAUAGAAGACCUCCGGUCAAGAAUCCUGGAGAGAUCAAUUGGGGGAAGAUAGCCCGCCCAUUUAGUCAGCCGAAUGAUUUGGACGCCGUUGGGCUUCUGGGGGAAGAUGAACCUGUUAGCUCACAGGAAGAGGAGGAUUGGCAGUCAAGUUUUCCAAGAUCAACACCGACAGAGAUAGCUUUGGAAGACUUGGGCGCCGCCGAUUUCAAUGAAACCAUUUCCGGUCCUAUGUCAGAUCCAACACAGAAGAUGGAUGAUUCUGACCCUCAAUCCCCCGGGACGUUAACUGCUCCUUUACCACAAGUGGAUCCUCCUAAAGUAACCAACCUACCGGUAUUGAGACCUUACAAGGAUCCAGAAAGGAGCAGGAGGGAAGGCAGGAGGCUACAGGGUCUACAGGGAAGGGCUACUAAGAGCUUGUUUGACCCUACCAAUAGGGGAAAUCCUGAGGAGGUGUUUGAUCAAACACAGAAGGAAGAGACAGAAAAUCCUUCCUCAAUACCGGACAGAAUAGUGUGGGUUUGUGAAAACUUUUCAGAAACUCUUUCUAGUCAGGCCAGCGACAGUGGAAGGACUCAGAAGGUUGCAGACAAACUAUCUGAAGAAGAGAGUCAUGUUACCCAGGAGUCAACAGUCACCUUACCCAAAAAUGAGAGACACGGUACCAAGGAGAUAGCAGAUUAUCUACCUGAAGACGAGAGACAGAAUACUGAAAGCGAUACAGAGAUAGACUCGGAGGAGGAGGGGGACUGGUGGGUUUCGGUGUCAGAUACAUGGACUAGUAAGGAUGGCGAGCGAUUCUGCGCUGAUUGCUACAACUGGAUUUCGAAGCUUGAUUACAAAAGUAUUUUGGAAUUUUCCCGCGGAAGAUGUGUCCAUGCUCUAGCAGCAGAGGCAGAUGCAAAAACUCAAGCUGUUGAGAAAAGGCAAAGGGAGCAGAGUAUGCAGAGGGUCCAGGAUGAGGAGAGGCUGAAGAAGCGUAAACGCAUGCACCAUAGCCCAACGGAGGGGGUGGGAGAGGUGGGAGAACUUAAAGCGUUACCUACGAGUUCUGGGGGUGAGAUGUUUAAACAACAGAAGAAGUCAGUCGGCUGGAGACGAGAUUUUUCCGACAUCGGUAGUGCUGGUAGGGUACAGGUAGGAGCAACCUCAGGCUCAACUGAAGGGAACAAGCGCCGAGCGAAACCGACGCUGUCUCGCGCAGUAGCACUGGGGCAGGAACCGAUUGGGGGCACGAAAUUUAUUCAUGCUCGACGAUUAGGUCGAAGGACUAAAUCGAACCAACCACUUUUCUUCAAUCCAGAUAUCAUCCCAGCUACGGCGGCUGAUGCUACACAAAAAAAUCUUAGAAAGGGUGGAAAAUAG